AUGUUUGGAAGAGGGAAGUCGUACAAAAUUAUUUUAAAAAACAACCACCUCAGGAAUUUACUUUUAUCAAGAAAGCUGAGUAGUGUAAAAGGUCAGAUUCCAAGAAGAUCGUUUCUUUACAUCCCAGGAAACGAGGAACGAAACGUGUCAAAAGCGACUGGUUUGAACUCUGACUGUGUGGUGUUGGACUGUGAGGAUGGAGUAGCGUCCAACAAGAAGGUACAAUGGGUUAAAAUGAAGCGAAAAAAGCUUAAGGUUUACAAGAUACUCGGGGAAUUAAAUGGUAGAGAUGAUAAUUAAGUAUUGAACUUCACGUGAACAGAACAGUUGCAUUUGAGUGCUAGGUUCACUUCCAACAAUCCCCGUCUUCAGAGAGGGAUGGAAAGCCCUCUUUCAACAAGGGGGUGGGGGUGAGGGGAGAAAGUGUCAAUGAAGCUUAGGUUUGAAUAAAAUGAAUUUUCUAUUUUAAAAUGAACUCUUUGCCAAUCAUAGGAGUUACAUACUGAAUAAAAGAAAAUUCUCUUGAAGAUCAGGGAUGUCCCUCUGGUGAAUAUUGCAUUCUGACUGCUUUUACACGUGGUUGAGUGCCAUCACAACAAAGACUAUUGGUCAAAGUGGCCUCCCUUUCCCCCCUCACUCACUGAAUAUUAUAAAUCUACUGUUUUUUUUUUCAUUUGGGAAAUGUUGUAUACAUCUUGUUUAUGCUGAUUGAAUAAACUGUAAAUUGGGAUGAUCUUCAAAUAUUUAAACAAGAUGAUUAUUUUCUUCAAUUUUUUCAAUUAUUCACCAAGGUGGAGGUGAAUAGUGGUAGAUAUUUGCCAAGCCACAAAGCAGCAAAGUAGGCAGUUUCAUAAAUUUAUCAUUUAUCACAGGAAGAAGCAAGGAAUACUAUCCACAACAUACUUGGUCAACUGAAAUUUGGUUCCAGUGAAGUGUGUGUUCGUAUUAAUUCCAUUGAGACUGGUUUAGCAGAAGAUGAUUUGAAAGCAGCUUUGACAGCAAAGGAACUGCCUGACUCUAUUGUGGUACCCAAAGUAGAGACUGUGGAGCAUUUAGAUUGGGUAAUUUUAGAAUUUAUUCCUGAAGAGCAUUUUAAUAUCAGAGUUUUAGCUAAGUUAUGCAAGAGAAUAGUGUCUACUUCCAAGAAAAUGCCCUUUAUGUCUGAAAAAAAUUGCCUCGGCCAUUGAAAUUCAGCAAGUAAAUUAUGUGUUGCAGAGGAAGAAUUUUCCAGUUCAUGAUAUAUGAUAAGCACCAUAACCAUAACCUUGUAUAAUACUUGACAGUUGCAGUUUUUUCAGACCAUUAUUUUGAACAUGCCAUUUUGAAACCUGUUGAGCAGUCCUUUUAUGGUUUUACUGAACUCCAAGUGGUUUUUAGGUAGUAAUAAGAGGCACAGGUACUAUGGGCAGUGAAUUGUACUGAUUACCGCUUGAAAAGGAGAACACUGCUGUAGUAUUCUAAAGAACUAAAGUAGGUGUACCUGUGUUUGAUCAAGAAAACUGACCAAACUCUUUUAGCCACUCGCUGGAUAAAAAUCCAAAAUCGCUAUUGACUUGAUCACUCUUUCCCCAUGAAUGAGACAGCUUGUAUCUGUUUACUUGGGAUGAAUUUUUUUUCAUUACAUUUAUAGUUACCUUCAGCUUGGUUGACCUUUGUUGAUGGUUGGUUCAGCCUCACAAACACUUAAUCAAUAUGCUUCAUAAGGUUUUGUCAGGUUUAUUUAUCAAGAAUUGUAUCUUUGAAUUUUUUUUCAACUUUCAGUUAAGUGACAAAGUGUCCUCCAUAAUGAAGCCAAGCACAGACACAAAGCUGGGGCUUGUCACCCAAGUUGAAAGUGCUCUUAGUCUACUUAAUCUCCAUGCUGUCUGUGAACAUGGCACAUCAACUGACGGACCAUUCAGAUUUGAGGCUUUAGUAUUUGGAUCAGAUGACUUUCUUGUCAGUAUAGGUGGGUUAACCCUUUCACGAGGAAGAAUAACAAAAAUAAAAUUACUCCUCACUUUGCCAAUCAAUUUUCAUGCAGAGAGGUGACCAACAGAAAGGGAAAUAUCAACUAUGGGAUACUUAAUAGCUAAAGAAUUCUCUGAGCUAAAAUUCAAAAAAUUAAAAAAGCAGGCAGAACAGAAGCCAGCAAGUCUACCACUAGUGGUUACCUUUCAUUAUUUAUGGUACUAGGACUGAUUGGAGUUCAAUUUUGUCUGUAAUCAUAUGAGUGGUAUCAAAACUGUUUUUGUUCAUCUCAAGUAUGAUUACAGACCGAAUUGGACAACACAAAAUCUUAUUACUAAUUGAUCAUAAAAAGUACAAUUUCUGAGAAAACAAGAAUAGCCAAGUUAUGAAAGAAAGGGAAAAUUUGCAUCAGAAGAUGGACAAAGGAGGCAUUUCUAUGGUGAUUGAAACCAAUAUUGUGAUUGGUUGAUACUACCACUUUGAAUGUGAUUGGUUAAUUUAAAGUACAACUUUGAAUGUAAUUGGUUGAUUUAAAGUACAACUUUGAAUGUGAUUGGUUAUUUAAACUACAACUUUGAAUAUGAUUGGCUUAUUGAACUAUCCGAUAACAAACUGUCCAAUAACAACUUGGCAAGUGAAUUAGUAGAAAAUAGGAGUUUUUUAAAUCAAUCAAAGUCAAGGAAUUGUAAUUUUUAUGAUUAAAAGUAGGAGUCUGUAGUGAUUCUAGAACCUUAGGCACCCAUGCACUACUAUUUUACCCUUUUCAAUGGUUGAAGCUUCUGUGAUGUUUUGUUUUUUAGAAGGUCCAAAUGAUAAUGUCAAGGGCUACAACCCAUCACGUUUUUUAGUCCCCAGCCAUCAUGUUUUUUAGUCCCCAGCCAUCAUGUUUUUUAGUCCCCAGCCAUCUAAAUAUUCAUUUGUUGUAGUUAAAGAUUUAGGGCUCACUUCUGGGUAAUUUUUUUCCCUUCUUCCUUUCUGGAUUAUCUUCUCAUCGAAUUGAUUAACAUGUACCUUCUCCCUAGAAUAAUAUCCAUACAUUGUUCAGCAGUCAGGUAAUGAGAAUACUCAAACUUAUAUGGUAUAAGUUGUUGUCUUGAUCUAACUCCAAAUUCUGGUAACCAAUUUACAAGGAAUUGUCUAACAGCUAGAGGGAGAAUUGACAAUUGGAUCUUGGGAGUUGGCGGGUUACAAUAAUUAAUUUUUUUUACUUUGUACCAUUGUCAACUUCUUCUCCACCAUCACAAUAAUAGGUUCUGGUGUGCCUAUCUAUCAUUGUGAAAAGCACAAAUACAUUGUGAAUAAUUUAGGGAGAAAGUUGAAAAAUCUAUUAAGAAGACAAAAUCCCUCUAGGGAAAAGAUGUCUGCACUUAAUUUAAAAUGCCUCCCAAUGUUUGACAUAACUGGCAUGGAAUCUAUUUCAGGAGCUACUCGCACAAAAGAUACAAAGGAAUUGAUUCAUGCUCGUCAGAGUGUAGUUGUUCAUGCAAAGGCUUUUGGUCUACAAGCUAUUGAUAUGGUUUAUAUUAAUUUCAAAGGUAAGAAAUAAUUGUUUGUCAGAGAAAGAUGCUCUUUUGUCAUGUUACAAAUUUGGGUUCGGAAAUUAGGUGACCCAUCCCUGCAAUGGGAGUGAAAUUUGCUAACCCUCCCCUUGAGCUUGGCCUAAAAUAUCAUGACCCUCCCCCUCUUGUAUAAAUGAUAAAAUCUAGUUCUUGCAAUAUACUAGGGUGCGUCAGUAUUAUGAAAACUCAAAAUAUAUUUCUAAUCUGUUCUUUGUCAUGCUACAUACACACAUUUUCGAUGACAGCAUUAAUUAAUUAAUUAAUUAAUGAAAAGUACAUGUUUGUUAAAUUCUUGCUAUAGUACUUCACAGUUUAUAUCCAUAACGUUCCGUAAACCGUUGUAUUUUUCUCUUUUUUUCGCCAAAUAAAGAACUUCCUUUUUCUUCUGUGGGUGAACCUCUACAUGAUCACUGGCAUAUAUUUGCAUGACCCUCCCCCUUUUAACUGCCCAUUUUUCAUGACCCCUCCCUUUUCUGAUGCUCAAAAAGUUGUGACCCCCCCUCUGUUUCCACCCCCCCUCCCCCCCUGCUAAUUUCUGACAAGUCCCUUAGCAAGGCCAUUACAAACUUCAUAUAUGAUAUGCGUCCUGCAUACUGCUAGGAUCAGCAAUGUAGAUAGCGUCAUGUUUUGUAAAUAUAAUUUUUUGAGAUAUUUCUAUUUCUUUACGGAGCUCAAAACUUACCAUCUUUCUUAAUCUAUUUACAUGUGGCAGUUGUUUGCAUCCUUGUUCCACAAGGAAGAAUGUGUUCAUUAUCAUACCAUAAACACUUUAAUAAGGCCCUUAGGGGUAUUGUUUCAGAAAGUUGAUUGGGAGGAGGGAAAAAAGGGGUUGUUAAAAAGAGGACACUUAUGAGGAACCUAAAACUGUAGAGAGGGGUCUAUCAAGGUUAGGCUUAUAGGAGCAAUGUUCUUAAUAUUAGCUGUUCAUGUUUGGAGGCCAUAUCAAUGGUUAUUCACUUACUAAGGCUUUUGAGAGGGAAUGAGAGUGACAGCAUUUUAAAAUAGUUCUUAUUUUGCUUUUAUUUGCAGAUCCUGAGGGUUUACAGGCACAAGCAGAGGAAGGUGCUAGGUUUGGUUACACUGGUGAGUCUGUGUUUUCUUGUCAUUUUUCUCUUUUGUUUCUGUCAGGACAAUUGGAGGGCUCAGAGCAAGAACGAUCCCUUGAUUUUUCGGCCAUUUUUGAAAGUGUUCAGAAGUAGUUGAAUUUUGGCAUGUGGACACUUUCAAAAAUGGCCGAAAAAUCAAGGGAUUGUUCUUGCUCUGAGCCCUCCAAUUGGUCUCUACUUUGAAUUUGUCCUGAUAAAUAUAACUUGCUCAAGUUAGACGAAUCUAGCUGUUUUGAUUAUUUAACCCUUUAACCCCUAAGAGUGACAGGCAUCUAAUUUCUCCCAACAGUGUCACCCCUAAAUCAAACAUUAGACUUAUGAGAAUAAAGGAAAUGGUCACAAACUUAAAAAGCUCUUGAUUGUUAGACAAAUUCUCGUUGUAAGCACCAAAGGAAAUGUGGAGAGAUCAGUAUGGAGAACUUGCAUACUGAUGUAAGGGUGAACAAAGUGUUCCUUGUUAUGGCUAAGUGAUUUUGUUGAGUGCUUGGGUAAAGAAAGUAACUUUUACAGUGUCUCUCCCCACUCAAUGGCUAGGAGCUAACCUGGGACAAUCUAGCAUCUUUUCCAUUAGGACAAGCAGUAGCUCUCUAGAUAUUAAGCUGAAGCAGUUUAUUUUAAACUGGAUUAUUGGAUAAUGCAAUUCAAGAGUUGUCAUUGGCUUAGCCAUUGUAGGUUAUGAGUAAUUAUACCAUGCAUGCGCAUGAAGAUAAGUUAAACUGGAAGUGUUUUUGUACAUUGUAACAUUCUAUUUGUUCUAACUUACAAAAUAAAGUUGGGAAGAUUUAUCUAUAUUUUGGGGUGUUUUUCAAUGAAACAAUUAUUCCACACAGGCUUGUUGGAUAUGAGAUGAUUAUAGGGAGUUGGCUCUCUUUCACCUCAUUAAUCCAAUACACUAUGGCAGAGGUGGGGUGUUAAGUCUGUAAGAGUUAACUUUAAUUUAUGUUAACCCUUUAACUCCUAGAAGUGAUUAACACGAAACUUCUCCCUAUAAUAUUCAUACAUUAUUUAGCAAACAGGUAAUGAGAAUAUUCAAACUUAUCAGGUAGAAGCUGCUAUCUUGAUCUAGCACCAUGUUCUUAUAACUAAUUUACAAGGAAAUGUGAGGCAGCUAGAGGGGAGAAUUAACAAAUAAGAUCUUGGGAAUUAAAGGGUUAAACCAUUUUCUUGUAUCAUUUGAUGCAAACAGGUAAACAAAUAAUACACCCAGGACAGAUUGAAAUUGUUAACAAGGCAUUUUCACCAAGUGAAGAGAAGGUUAAAUGGGCAAGAGAUCUGGUAAAUGCUUUUGAGGAACAAGAAAGAGUUGGAAAGGUCAGUUUGAUCUGAGAUAUAAAGCAAAGUAGGCAAGAAAGCUAAGUAGAUAUAAAAUUUACUUUGGAAACUUCAUUUCAUCUCCUUGUUUUUCUCUUUAAAAAGGGUGCCAUCAAUUUCCAUGGCAACAUGAUUGACAUGCCAACAGUUCAGCAAGCCAGGAAUGUUCUUCGAUUGGCAGAAGUUACACAGAAAAAGUAAAAAGUAAAUAAUAGCUUUUGAGCCAGGCUUGAUGCAAGGACAUGGUUUAGGAGAGUCCCAGAACUGCAUAUGACCCACCUUGUGGACAAGAAAAAGGGACGUGUGGAGUUGGUUCUGCAGGACCCUUCCUCCCCCCUGCUUUAAAAUCCAGAUUACCUUGUAGACACAGUGAGAUGCAAGGUCCCUUCAGAAAUGCAAAUGACACUGAGAUUCAGAAAACUAUGAACACUUUUAUGUCAUUCUGGUAGAUCAAAUGAGUACUGACCUGUUGCAAUAAAGUGAAGUAAACCGAAAC